AUGUUACAAUCACAAAUCAUCAAUGUAUUACCUCGCAGAAUUUUAGCUGGAUUAUGGGCAACACAGGAAACCCGCAUUUCAUUGAACCACCUCGUACCUCAUAAAUCAGCGAAUGAAAAAAGUCAACAACAGCCUGCAGCUACAAGCUCAGCCUUUAUUUGUAACGAAUUGCCUGUGAGAUACACACAUAUCUUGAGACUACUAUCUACAUUAUCUCCAGACUCACUCCAAUCACCCAUCAUCCGGAAUGUUGCUCACAGCUAUCUGCGUGAUAUUUGCACACUAUUACAUCCCUCGCUCAAAGGCACAUCACCAAAAGCAAUUGCCAGAGUAUUCAAUAAUUUACGUCAAAGUCAGGCUACAAAUUUGAUUCGAUUAAAAUAUGCACUCUUAUCAAGCCCAACAGCUGCUUCUGCUACAUUAAUGGAAAACAUAAACACAAUUGGCCUUGGAAUUCAUCUCUUGCUUGAUCAACAUCUCUCGUGGGAUGCUCAGUCAAAUAAUCAUGCUCAAAAAACAUGUCCUCAGGAAAUUGCUCAUCAAGCAGUUUCUGACGCUAGAAAAUCAUUCGCAAAUGCAUUCGGCAAUGAUCGCAUCAUACCAGAUAUCGAGAUCAAACGAGAUACCAUGACCAACAGAAAACACAAAACGCCUGUCGAACAAGAAUUCACUUAUAUUCCUAACGUAUUGCACCGCAUACUCUACGAAUCUGCCUUAUUGUCCCUCAAAGCGCAAGCUAUCCAUGAUGAGGAUAUCAAUCGUGAUCUGAAUUGGUUUCAGCGUCAAUGGAGAAGCAAAUCAAGGAAUCUUCAGAAUAGACCCUUAUCACUGCGUAUUUUCGGUGGUCCAACAAGCAUCGGAUUCAGACUAGAUGCUGCUGCUCCACUGCUGGAAAGUGAUCUCCUGCCUGGUAUUCCUUGCGAUCCAAUUGGAAUCCCAACAUGUGGUCAUGUUCUGUCUUCUACAAGCGCUACCGAUGUUCAUUCUCCCAUGAUGGUUGAGUGGGAAUCACUCAGCGGUUGGCGAUCAGCAAAAGCGUUGGCUAGUCAUUGGGGAGGCAACCUGGAUGCCGUUACUGUGCAAGGCUUAGGAUCAACUAUUUAUUUAGCCUUGGAUCGAGACCCUUCUCUAUUGGAACGCUAUCCCUCUAGACAUGCACUUGCUGCUUCUGCUCAUAGUUUACUUCGUCACCAUAGACGCACAUCUGCUGUUGUUGCAUCUGUCGAUAGCAAUCUAUCUAUUCAAGCUGCAGCCACGCAAUUAGAUGCCUUUUUAUAUGCUAUAUCCGAUUCCCAACAAUCUACUUUCAACCCCACACCUCUCUAUCAUCAUCAUUCUGUAUCUCUCAGUGCAGCUGUUGGACAUGCUUAA